GGUCGUGGCCUAGUCUGUCCAUCAUCGAUAAUCCUUCGAAGCAUACUCCUGGCGCAUACGGUCAGCGUGGUGGAGGUCUUAUUGUGUUCGGCUCGCAUACUAAGACUGUCUCAGACACUCUGCCAUCGGCUGCCCCGCCACCACUCUGGUGGGAGCGACCGCGAGCGGUCGAAUCAGCAGUAAGAGCUUGUCUCGUUGCGUCGAUUGCCCACGAAGCUUCCCGGCAAUGCCUGCUACACCAGAUGGACCGACGCAGGCGGCCGGCGCAGUUGCGCAUGUCGCCCAGCCUGCGUCCCCGACUCUCACAAACCCAGAUAUGAUUCUUCCCGACUACUACGACGACUCUGCAUCCUCGCCGGAGAGAUCUCAGUCCCCAGUCGCCAUCUGGCAAGGUACGCACGACUUGUCUUUUCAGCUUCCACCACAAGCCUUCUCAGCUGGCCCGAUCUCGCCAACCACUCCAAUCAUCUAUGGUAAUGGCACCAUGCUCUCAGACAUUGGCGAGGUCACAGAGGUGGAGAGUGUGUGUGGCAAACCAGAGUACAGGCCAUACACGCAACAGAAGAAUGCACCCGCCGUCGGCGCCACGGCCCUGUCGCAACACCUUGGCCGCAAGAAGGAAACCAGGGCUGCGCGGCAACGUCGCGCAUCCAUGGACUCAAAUAGCACUAUAACUGGCGGAGAUGAGAAACAAAUGCACUUCAACGAUUUCGACGACAGCGUCAGUGUAGGAGGCAGCAGCUUUCAGGGCGACGAUGAGGAGAGUGUUGCAGAGUCAUACAACGACGAGCCUCGAGGGCACCAACGGGCAUUGCUGCUCCAAGAAAGCAGCAAUAUGGACGAGCGCUACUCCACAGCUCUGAGUAGGCGGGCAGAACAGAUCCUGGCCAAUGCGAAAAGGAGGUUGACGACGAUGGAAGGGAACCUGCACCGAGCACGUUCUUCGCUCUCCUCGCCUACGCUCUCAUCCGUAGACUCUGAUCGGACCCCUUCUCCAAAAUUUAACCGCGCUGUCACAAGAGAACCUGCGAUUAAGCCUGCUGGCAGGAACCCCUACGGCCACAACAGAGUGUCUAGUGAGCACGCUGUGCCAACAGGACCAAAGCUCAGUACACAAUUGCCUCGCUCGUCGAGCGCACUGGGCGCGGCGGGCGGCUAUCGUAAGCCAUUGCAUAUCCAUAUUGCCUCCGCUUUUGAUGAGGACACCAACGAGGACGACGAGAGUGAAUAUUCAACAGAAGGCAAAGAUGAGCAUAUCCAUUACAAAAACCCUGUGUAUGGGAACACUGGUUUCUCCAAGAGCAAGCCGGCUCUUGAGACCCUUACAGAGCAUUCUGUUUCCCCUACAGGCGGCGCGAUGCGCGAUAGCCAGUCCCACGACGACCUCAAUUCCCAGCUUCGCCCAGAUUCUGCGCUCUCGCCACACGACCAAACUAUCCGCCGCUCAGCUUCGGCAAGUCAGAUGCGAGAUCUGAAGGAACAGAUGACCGAUCUCAAAGGUAGAUUGUCGUCCCUCCGAGACCAGGCGAGAGCAGACAGCCUCAAGCGGCGCAGUAUGCAGAGCCUCAGGACUCCGAGUCCGUUCACGCAUGCGCCGGUUGAGCAGUGGUACUCGUCGCAGCGUUCUUCAACUCAGAGUUCCGAAGUCCUCCCCAUGCAGCAAGGGCCAGCUCCUGACGCUAGCGCCCAGCAAGACACCGAAAAGGUCACCGAGGCCAAUGGUGUGUCUGUGCCAGAAAGUGAACCCGACAAUGAAACCGCCGACGAUUCCAUGCUCGGGUUCGUCGACGUGGUCGAUGAAGAUGACGAAGUGAUCCCAUAUCGUGCCCCAAGCCUAGUCGAUGACGAGUACACGGACGAUUUGCGUACCGAAGACGGAUUCGAGGAUUAUCGGGACGAAUUCGUGGACUUUCGUAGCGACAGCGAAGCUUCGAUGUAUCAUGAUUCUGUUCAGCACCAACUUUCGCACGAGGAUCGCGAAGACGCCUUUGACUACGAGCACUUCUUCCUGCAUAGUGCCAUGGGCAGCAUGACUCGCAGGCGAAUGGAGCGACGCAAUAGCGAUACUACUUAUACUUCCGAGGAGUCUGUAGAGACGACACGAGGUCCUGACAUUCCGAUUUACGAAAAGGGCCAUGUCCGUCAUCGGCGCGGAAGCCAUGGCUCGUCGUCAACAGUAGCUUCCUUCGCCACAGCUACCGAAGGACGAAGCACCCGCUUGGAUGAGAACAUCACCAGCAAUGCAGCUGAGCAACUCUUUGACUCGAUGGAGCGCACGCGCACGAGCUCAGAGCAGGCGAAACGCGCCACCUUUGGGGGUGCAUACGGCGACAGUGGAUCCGACCAAAGCUCUCGACCUCCGUCCUCGAUGCAUAACCCCAAACCAAAGUCCGCGCAUCGGCCAUCGGUCUCCUCCAUAGGAUCUUCUGGCACGACGCGGAGCUUCCCGCUCGUCAACAAGCCCAAGAGCAAUGGUGUGUUGACACCACGUGAUUCGCCUGAGCAAGGGCAUCACCCGGUGAACGACGUCACACGGAGCGAAACGUCAAGCCUCUACGACCUAGACAGCAUGGCUGGGGACAAUACUGCUGCGGCCAUGACGGCACUGUCAAAGGAUGAUCAGAUCCUUGUCCAGCGUCUGGUUGCUAGCCUAGGCAAGUGCGUAUUAGGCUUGACUGAGUCGGGUCGUGCCAGCACCGAGAGUCGGAUUGCUCGCAAGCGGAUUGAGCACGCGAAGAGGAUCCUUGAGGGAUUGAGCGAUUAGGUUCGGUUUAGCGAUUGUUUUCAAAGUGACACCCACAGCUGUCUAGACUUUAGGCGGCUAUGUAUAUAUUCGAUUCUUCCUAUUGACGGCUUCGUCAUACCGAGCGAAAAUUUAACCAUGAUGGAAAAGUUUGUCCGCACGGAGUUUUGGUGAGAUUCAUCCUUAGCCUGGUAUCAAGUGGUGUUGCUAUUCUGUAGCCUAGAGCAUACGCGCAAUUUUUGGCACCAUUUGACGACUUCAGGAAUUCACUGAGUGUUUGAGUCCCAUCGGGACGCCCUCAAUUAGGUCAUGUUGAACAACUUACUGCUGAAG